CAGUAUCACCGCACGGUGCUGUCUUCGGCCUCAGAACAGAACGCUGCCUCUCGACGGAACCAUAUUGCCUUAUUAAUCGAUCUACCACCUAUAGACCCAAAUCGGCACACGACUCCUCCACAGAAUCACUUGAAACUGGUCUCGUCACUGGCCGUAGUCACUGGAUUUAGGGUAGGAGUCUGCUGUCCGCACCUUCGGCGCGCAGUUUGCAGUACAUAUUCGGUUGAUCGCGAUCGCGCAGAAAGACAGGCCGCAGCAGUAGUAAUUCAUAUGCUAAAAUCCACGGACCUCACUUGGCGCUGGCUGUAGUGAUUGUGUUUAUUUGAGUGCGUUCGUUUUCGUUCGUUCCGUGGAUUCUGUGUGCGCAAAUGGUCGAAAAAGUGCGAUUUUCAGCGUGAAAUUCUACAGAUCCGGGAAAUCUGCAAGGUCAGAACGAUCGGGGUCGGUGUGAAUCAUAAAACUGCCAAGUUUGCUCCAAAUCUGCGGUUGAACCUGACCGCCAAAUUUGCUUCGGAUCAGUCGUCGGUGGUGUUCCAGGAAUUCGGUUGAAAAGAAGAAGGGAGUGAUUGCAGAGGCCAUUUCCCAAGGCAGUGCCAGAAGAGCUAAGGAAGUCGGCAGCAAUGAUGUCUGAUGCUUUGCUUGCUGAUUUGCAGAACACUGUGCCGGGACACAACCAACAUGCCGGCGGUGGCUCAUCGGUUCCCGGCUAUGGUAGCCUGAAUGGUGUGCGGAAUAAGCAGACGCCGAGUCCGCAAACAUAUCAAACAGCUACGAAAACUAUCACCGAAAGUCGAGCGGCCAAUGGGUACAAUGGCUCCCUGCCGCGAUCUACAACACCCCAUCAGAACUCAAUGCCCCGGUCCUCCACACCCCAGAGGCUGCAGGCCUCUACAUCUGGGAAUCUCUCGGAGCUGGACUCAUUGUUACAAGAUCUAAGUAGUGCCCGCUAUGGAAACAUUAUGGAAAAACAUCCACCCAACAAUGGAACGACUAGUCCUUCGCCGUAUGCCAUCAACGAUACCAUCAAGCGACCCUCCGUGGACAGUCUGCUUGAUGAGCUUAGCAAUGCCAAUGCCAAUCCAAUUUACGCAGUGCCCUAUGGGAAUCAAUCUCCCAACCCACAGCCGAAUCCAGGCAGGCAGGUUACUAUCACGGUACGAGAAACUACUACCGAAAAAUUAUCCGGAACACCGAGUGCCAACUAUCAGAAUCAAUUAUAUCAACAGCAGCUUGCCCAAAAUGAGCAGUCCAACUACGCCUCGUCGGCCACCAAGGAGCUGGAUGAUCUAAUGGCUUCACUAUCCGAUUUCAAGAUCAGUACCGGAUCGCAUCAGCUCCAGUCGGUGACGGAUUACGCGAAGCCAAACCAAGGCACUGCGCACUAUCAGAGUACUUUGACAACGGUAACCACGACCGAACAGUUGCCGCCAGCGACGAGUGAUCAGUUGGACUCUAUGCUCGGAAAUCUGCAAGCAGACAUGAGCCGCCAGGGAGUGAACACCACCCAGAAGGGGUGCUGCAAUGCUUGCGAUAAACCCAUCGUUGGGCAGGUUAUAACCGCUCUCGGCAAAACCUGGCACCCGGAGCACUUUACCUGCAACCACUGUAACCAGGAGUUGGGCACCAGGAAUUUCUUCGAGCGCGAUGGCAACCCGUACUGCGAGUCGGACUAUCACAAUCUGUUCAGUCCACGUUGUGCCUACUGCAAUGGACCGAUUUUGGAUAAAUGCGUAACCGCGCUGGAAAAAACCUGGCACACGGAGCACUUUUUCUGCGCCCAGUGCGGUCAACAGUUCGGCGAGGACGGGUUCCACGAGCGUGACGGCAAACCGUACUGCCGCAACGACUACUUCGACAUGUUCGCCCCGAAGUGCAACGGGUGCAAUCGGGCCAUCAUGGAGAACUACAUUUCGGCGCUGAACAGCCAGUGGCAUCCGGAUUGUUUCGUGUGCAGGGACUGCCGUCAACCGUUCUUCGGUGGAUCGUUCUUCGACCAUGAGGGUCUGCCGUACUGCGAGACCCACUACCACGCCAAGCGGGGUUCGCUGUGUGCCGGUUGCUCGAAACCCAUCACCGGCCGGUGCAUCACGGCCAUGUUCAAGAAAUUCCACCCGGAGCAUUUCGUGUGCGCCUUCUGUCUGAAGCAGCUGAACAAGGGCACCUUCAAGGAGCAGAACGACAAACCCUACUGCCACCAGUGCUUCGAUAAGCUGUUCGGAUAAAGUGGGUAUAUAUUCUAUGUGUUUAUUGUGUCUGUCUCCGUGUAUUCUUUCGGCUCUAUCUUUACUCCGUGCAACAUCGCAACGGUCUGCUGCAAGUAUUCUUCUGGAACGUCCGUUCGUUCCGGGUUAAUUUAGAUUGUAUUUUAGAUUUCUUUUUCUGUUCGCAAUUUGAUUGAAAUGUUUACUUAACGUCGGUAUCGAUAAACAGUUUUCCCGGGGAGGAACAUUGGUUUGAGAAUUGCCACUCCCCAAUCAGAGCGCGGAGGGUUUGACUUAUUGUUUUUUUUUUGUUUUCCCGUACGAAACUGAUCACAGAUGAGUUGUUUAACAAUGUUGUAGUCGCUUGAAAAAUAAGCGAAUUGUACCUGCAGCAAUGUCAACCUGUCAAGUAUUUAACUUAAUCGAAAGUCAAUAUAAAGGGAGCAUGCGAGGGAGUCAUUUUCGGUAAUAUUGUGAGUUGAUAAAUAAAACUUUAAAUUAGUAAGCCAAUCCAUAGUUAAACUUAAACCUAGGAAUAUUGCAACAACAAACUAGUGUGUUUGUGAACUAAUAAAAUGUUUUCUGAAAUCAAGAGUAUUCAAAAGAUAAGUAAGCAAAGAACUUUUUGGCAAUGCAGAAUGACAAAACUGAGCGUUUGAAACUAUUUACAAUUAAUCAAUGAGAAUAUUUAACAUGUUCAAAUCUACAUCGUGCGCACGAGUGUACGUUGGUCGAUUGAAAAGUUUUGCGAAGCAUAUAUUAAUUAUAAUCUACAAAAUUUAAACACAUAAUGGAUAUGGAUGGAAUCACUUAAAAAUCUGCCAACGAUAAUAGUUAAUUAAAAUCAACUAGAAAGAUACGUUCUCUAACAUGUAAUGCACACAUACAGAUCUUAACAGGAAUGAAGUGUUUCUGCAGUUAUCAAGUGCAAGGAAGAUAUUACUCAGAA